CGCGCUCGCUUCCGGUUUUGUCUCCCUUGUUGCUACGCCGUCAACGGAAGGUUCGUCGAGGAUCAGAAGCUUUUAUCGUUUUAUAUAUAACUUACACACACAUUUAUAUAUAUAAACCCGGGCUUUCUUGUUUCUCCCAACCGCCAUGGCCAAGAGCCUGCCGCCCGGAGACCCCAAGCUGGUCGCCAUGAUCGUGGAUCAUCUGAAGAGCCGCGGCCUGUUCGACGAGUUCCGCAGAGACUGUCUGGCUGAUGUGGACACCAAGCCGGCCUACCAGAAUCUGAGACAACGAGUGGAUAAUUUUGUGUCCAACCAUUUGGCCAAUCACGAGUGGAAUCCAAGCCUGAAUAAAAACCAGCUGCGGAAUGGUCUCCGGCACCGGGUGUAUCAAUCCGGCAUGCUGGAAUCGGGUGUAGACAGAAUAAUCUCUCAGGUCGUGGAUCCGAAACUACAUCACAUAUUCAAACCGCAGAUCGAGAAAGCAGUUCAUGAAUUUGUGGCCUCGGAAAUGAAGGAGGAAACUGUGUCAAAUCCACUCCCAGAACCUGAGAAGGCGGAGCCGUCUGUUCCAGCUUCAGGAAAUACGUCAAGCGCCCAGGUAGCACCAGCAUAAGCAGCAGCUCCUUCCUACCUUCAUCAGUGUUUCGGCAAGUCACAAGCAGCUUGUGAAUCAAAAAGCAAUGAGCCAUGUUAUAGAAGAACAAGGCUUAUCUGGAACAAUUGCAUGGAGAGCUGACUGCUGUUCACAGUAGCACUACUGCAUGAUCAUAUUAAAUGGAAGGCAUGACAGCAGAUAAGACUGAAAAGUAUUGGAAGAAAUUGUAAUCAGUUUAUCUGAAUUAUGCACAGAAUUAAGCGUGGGACUUUUGGAAAUACAAUCUGAGCAGAGACUGCGUGCGGUGCCUUGGGCAAUGUUUCAAACUUUGUUUCAGAGGCAAGAACCUGUAAAUGAGGACAAAAUGGUUAUAACUGGACAUAUUGUUUCUUCAUAAAUGUAUAAACUGAAGGGAUGGAAUCUGAGCUUUUUUUUCAUGUUCUUUUUUAAAAUUGAACAAUUUUACACAAAAGAUAAUUCCUUCCUAAUGAGCAUUGUUUUAUUGCACUGUUUAAUCUUUUAAGGAACGAUCGUAGCUUUUUUUUCUUAUUGCAGCCAAAUAAAUCCAUUAAAAAUAAA